UUCCACUUUAAGCACUGUAGAAGAAGAACAAGGGGCCCCAACCCUAGAACAAAACGUCACAGUCACCGAACGUCACCCCAAUGACCACCAGCUCCUCCCCCUCUCUCUCUCUUCCCCACCAAGAUCCCGAAUUCCCACAUUCCCAAAACCCAAAUUUCCAACAACAAACUGAAACUCAAUCCCAACCUCAAUCCCCUCAAACCCUAACCCUAGAUUUCCCAAACCCACAAGACCAAGAAGCUCAAGAAGAAGACCCUAUAAUCGUUGACCACAAGGGGGAAGAAGAACCAAAUAAAUCAUCUAUGUCAAAAUCAGGUAUUUCUUCUUCUCUCUCUCCUCCGCGGCUUAUUAUUCCACCAAACACGGACCAGGAGCCCAACCCGCGUUCUCUCGCCUCGCCCACGAGCCUAUCGCGUCGACCCAGCAAGAAAAAGAAGGGUUGGCCCAAGAAACAGAAAGCCAUCGAGAAGAAAGUCCAAACCCUAAUCGAGAACCUGAAACCCAUUCCUUUUAAGCCCUCGAAAACCCUUAAUUUUGGUAAGCACGAGAAGUUGCUGAAGCGAUUGGGGUUGUGGGAUUUUGUUCAUAUUGAGUUCGACCGCGAGGUUCGCGUGGAUCUCAUUGCCCAGUUGAUUGCGAAUUACGAGUCUAGGUCUAGUUACGUGAAUGGGCUUAGGGUUGCGGUGAACCGGGCUGAUUUGGGCCGGGCUUUUAAGUUGCCGGUGAAGAAAGAGAAGGGGGGAGGAAGUGUGUCGUCGGAGGCGGUGGAUUUGGAUUCUGAGGCUGUUGUGACAGAGGAGUCGAUAGGGUUUGUUGAAGAUUUCGUGUCGAAUUGGUUGCUUUUGCAUGAGGACACGUGGAUAUUGCCGAACGAGGUGGUGAAUUGGACCAAGGCGGUCAAGGAUGGGCAUCCGGAGAAAGUGGAUUGGGCCGGGUUGAUUUGGUUUAUGGUUGAGAAGGAGUUGAACCAAGGGAACAAGUUGAAGGAGUGCUAUUACGCAUCGCAUUUGCAGCACUUGAUAAGGUCGCAGAGGGAGGAGUUGUUUCGGGAAGAGAAUAGGGAGGAGGUAGGGGUGGAAGUGAAGGAUGAAGAUGAUGGUGGUGAUGUGGAGAUGUGGCAAGAAUCGAAGGGGGAGGCAGAGGUGGAAGUGAAAGAGGAAGAUGAUGGAGGUGAAGUGAAGAUGGGGCAAGAAUCGAAAGUGGAGACCAUGGUGGAAGCAAAGAAGGAAGAGGUUGAUGGUGAAAUCAAGAUGGGGGAAGAACCUGCAGUGGAAGCAAGGGUAGAAUUGAAGGAGGAAGAAGAGGAUAGUGGUGAAGUGAAGAUGGAGAAAGAACCUACGAUGGAGCUAGGGGUGGAUGUUAAGGAGGAAGAUGGUGGUGGUAAAGUGAUGAUGGAGCAACAGCCUAUGGUGGAUGUAGGGGUGGAUGUGAAAGACGAUGAGGAUGGUGGUGAUGUGAAGAUUGGGAAAGAACCUAUGAUGGAAGCAGGGGUGGAUGUUAAGGAGGAAGUGAAUUUGGGGGAAGAACCUUUGGUGGAGUCAGGGGUGAAUGUUAAGGAGGAAGUGGAGUUUGGGGAAGAACCUAUGGUGGAGGCAGUAGAGGAAGUGAAGGAGGAAGAGGAUGGUGGUGGUGAGAUGAAGAUGGGCGGGUUUGAUGAUUUUCAAGGACAACAGUUAGAGGACAAUGUUAUGGGGGAGGAACUAAAUGUUGAAUUAACCUUGGGGAAAGAGAUAGCUGAGAUGGAAGAGCAAGACACAGAUGUUAAGGAAGGGGACAUGAUGGAUGUAGAGGACAGCGAGGCAGAUGAACAAGAACAAGGGCAAUGGCUUUUGGAUGGAAAGAACAGCGCGGGUGACCACUUCUUGCAGCGUUGUAACAUAGAUGCUAGUACGUGUAUGGAUGGUGAUGAGGAGAGGAAACCAGAAGAAGAGGAGGAGGAGGAGGAGGAGGAGGUGGAUGAUGAAGAAGAGGAGGAAGCGGAGGACGACCAUUUUAGUCUUUUGUCUCGGGGCAAUACUUUAGAGGGCAAUAUGUUAACAGGCAAUCUACUUCAAGGAAUGGAGACAACCCAGAUGCCUUUUUCUUUGACAGAUACACAUGGGACUUCGGGUGGUUCAUCAAUUUUUGGUCAUGGCAGUUUUGGUCAUGGCAGCAAAAGAGAGAUUGUUCAUGAGGAUGAUAUCUCGCAUAAGAGGAUCAGGAGUGAUGGGCCUUGGAGUCAUAAAUCAUCCGACUUUGAAAUGUGCAUGGAAGAAAUGCAGAACUGGAUGGGAAAAGCUAGGAUGGUGUAUCAGGAAAAGGAGAACGCUUUUGAAGUAUCGAAUACGAGCCAGCAACUCUUACUUGGUGAGAUCCAGCGUAGGGAUGAUUUGAUUGAGCACUUGCAAAAGACCAAGCGUGAAGAGAUACAGAAGAAAGAUGGGGAAAUAUAUAGACUUGAACGUGAACUGUAUUUAAUGGGUAAUCUUUUAGAUGGUUAUAGGAAGGCUGUGAAGGAAACCCAGAAAGCAUUCUUUGAGUAUAGGCAACAGUGUCAACUUCUGGAAGAACCAGUUUACAAGGAUGUGGGUCCUGGGGGCCUGGUACUUAGCACAAUGGAAUUGGAGAAACGACGACAGAAAAGGGAAGAAGAAGAGAAGAUGGUUCGUAUGGUGUUGGAGCAGAAGGUGAAGGAGUUCGAAGAAAACGUCUUUGGCAACAUAGAGGAGAAAAUGGAGGCACAUUUCAAUGAUGUUCUAAAGCUGAAUAAGCGGUUGAUGGAUGCUGAGAAUGAAUUCAAACUACUGAAGGAGUUGUCCGCGAAACCCAAGGUUCCGGUAACAUCAGAAUCUGCACCAGUUGAAACCACUCCAACGUCUGAUGUGGUUGAUAUGUAGGUCAGACUUAACCUUUAAAACUUGUGUUGAUAUGACUUGCACGUUGCUUGUAUUUUUGUGUGAUUAUGUUGAUGCCUUGAUAUACGGGGUUGAGACCUCGUUUUGCUUGUACCCAGUCUCAGACUUAGAACAUGAAAUCUUGACAGUUUGUGGUUUUAUAUAUUCACUGUGCACCAUGCUUUGUUGUC